UGUGUGUGGGUGUGUGUGUCUUGUGUACCUGAGUCUCUGUUAUGUUUUUCUUUAAGGUCAUUGUGCAUGUUUCUUUGUGAAUUAGUUAUUUGGUAAACAUAUCGCUAUUUAAGGUUGGUUACCACUUUUGUUUCUUUUAUGGAUACGGUUAUGUUCUGCUUAUGUCCCUAUUAAUUCCACACAUUUUGUAUGGCAGCCUUGAAGAAUAAUUAAAUCAAUAAGAGAUGUCCGUGGACGAAGAUGUAAACAUUAGGUUGUCAGCAUUCUACACGGCCAUUUCUGAUGACCUGGACAGAACUGUGGAAUUCUGGUUAAAAUACUCUCACGACGAGGAGUUUGGUGGAUUCUUUACAUGCCUUGAAGCAGAUGGUAAAGUUUAUGAUGAAAGAAAAUUUAGUUGGUUACUCUGUAGGCAGGUGUGGACAUAUGCCAGACUUUACAAUGACAUGCCAAGAUACCACCAAGCUCAUAUUCUAGAAGCUGCAAGAAAAGGCUCAGAGUUUAUAAUGAAAUAUGUGAAAGAUCCAAAAACCAAUAAAUGUUACCUGACACUAACACGUGAAGGCAAACCAAUCAAAAGUCAGAGAACAAUUUUUUCUGAAAGUUUCUAUGUUAUGGCCAUGGCUGAGAUGUACAGAGCAACUAAGGGGGAUACUUACAAGAAAGAGGCUAUGGCAAUGAUGAAGCAAAUUGUCCAUUGGGUCAAAGUGGAUGGCUCAGGUCUUGGGCCCAAAAUUCCUCAGCCUACCCCAACUUCCUCACUUGCUGUCCCCAUGAUACUGCUCAUGCUGAUAGAUCAGCUGGGGCUCAUGGACCCAGCCCAUGCUGGGGGUUACAAUGAUCUGGCUGACUGGUGCUUGGAGGAUGUCUUGAAGCACGUUCAGAGAGGAGGAGUAGUUCUGGAAAAUGUCUCAGCAGAUGGUGAAGAACUGCCUGGAAGUGAAGGCAGACUGAUAAAUCCAGGGCAUGCUAUUGAAACUGGAUGGGUUCUUCUUGAUCGGGCAGUGAAGCAAGGCAAAGAAGAACUCAAACAAGUCGCCCUCGACACUUUCAUCACAGAGUCUUUUAACCGGGGGUGGGAUGAUGAGUUUGGUGGUCUCUUUUAUUUUAUUGAUGCAGAUGAAAGACCACUAGUUCAACUUGAAUGGGAUAUGAAACUUUGGUGGCCACACAAUGAGGCCAUGGUGGCCCUCCUUAUGGCUUACAAGUACACAGAUGAGGACAAGUACCUCAAAAUGUUUGCCAAAGUCUUUGAUUAUUCAUAUGGUCAUUUUGUAGAUUUUAAGAAUGGUGAAUGGUUUGGCUACUUAAGCAGAGAAGGAAAAGUGAAAAUCAAUGCUAAAGGUGGGGAAUGGAAAGGUUGUUUCCAUGUGCCUAGAAGUUUGAUGAUGUGUGAACGACUUCUGCGUGAAAUUUUGCAGAAACAGUGAAAAAAGAAAAACGCUUAUACAAAACUGCAGUUCAAAAGACUAAUUUUACUAUUGGCUGCAAAAAGUUUUUAGAAUUAAGUAAGAUUAUAAAGAAUGAGAUCUGUACUUUCAGUCAUUGACAGAACUUAAUAGUUUGAUUCAGUAUAUAGUCAAUUCAUUUCUUUGUAUACAUAGCUAAAAAAAAAAAAGUUUUUUUUUUUAAAAUAUUUAUGCAAUUGGUCAACUAUUUUGUUGUUGUGAUUCGCUUAGCAAUGUUUUUUUUUUAUAAAUUGUCUUUCAAUCUCAAGACAUUUAGUAGAUCAUUUAUAGCCAAAAAUUUUGUAUAGCAACCUCCCCACCCACCCUAAAAAAACAACUAAUAACUUCUUUCAUCUUUUCCAUUCAUAACAAAGAAAAAAAUUCAGCCUGGCAUAAGGAACAUUUUGAUAGAAUGGCUUUGUAAAAAAAGACAUUUUUAAAAAUGUAUUUAUUGUUAUUUAUUUUAUUGUAUAAUGUAUUUACAUCUUAACCAAGAUGCACAGUAUAAGUUGUAUAUAUUUUUAAAAAAUUAUGUUCUAUGUAAUACCAACAAGGAAAAGGUGGUUUCAGGAUCUGUAAAUUAAUUACUGUUAAAAUCUAGCAUUUUACCCUUUCAAAUACAAGAUAAUGAAAGCAUUAUGUCAAACAGUAGAAUAGAUACAAACAUAGAAUGUAUUCUAUUAGAAUAAAUACUUGUAUCAAAGUUAGCGCAUUAUUUUUGUGUGUAUGCAUAAAUUUCUUGUUUUUUUAAUUGUGUUUGAGAAGAAGUUUGUUUUAAUGAAAAUGAUUGUAGCAUAAUCUUGUGACACAUAAUUGCAGUUUAAUAAUAUAACAAACAUAUACAUGUAUAUGAUUUGCUUUAGAGAUUUGUCAUCUUUAUUAACUAGAGUGAGAAGAACAACAUAAAAUCUUUUUAAAAUAAAAGAGCCAAAAUAAAAACAACAAAA